AUGGACAGGAUUUUCUCUGCCUUGCUGACCUCUUUGCUGCUUCUCCUCCAGAGCUAUGGAGUUUGUGGGGCACCUCCGCAGCCGAGAGGAACCCUGUGUAGAACCAAACCCACCGAUUUGGUGUUCAUCAUUGACAGCUCUCGAAGUGUGCGCCCACAUGAGUUUGAGAAAGUCAAAGUCUUCAUGUCCCGGGUGAUCGAGGGGCUAGACGUAGGCCCCAACUCCACCCGGGUGGGUGUGAUCAAUUAUGCCAGUGCCGUCAAGAACGAGUUUUCCCUCAAGACCUACCAAACUAAAGCGGGGCUCCUGCAAGCAGUCCGGAGGAUAGAGCCACUCUCCACUGGGACUAUGACGGGCCUGGCUAUACAGUUUGCCAUCAGCCGGGCUUUUAGUGACUCCGAAGGGGCCAGGGUGAAGUCUCCUAAUUUUAAUAAGGUAGCGAUCGUUGUGACCGAUGGACGUCCCCAGGAUGGAGUGCAGGAUGUGUCAGCAAGGGCCAGAGCAGCUGGCAUUGAGAUCUUUGCCAUUGGGGUCGGCCGGGUGGACAUGCACACACUGCGGCAAAUUGCUAGCGAGCCCCUGGAUGAUCACGUGGACUACGUGGAGAGCUACAGUGUUAUAGAGAAGCUGACCCACAAGUUUCAAGAAGCUUUCUGUGUGGUGUCAGACCUGUGUGCCACUGGAGACCAUGACUGUGAGCAGAUCUGUAUCAGCACCCCAGGAGCGUACAAGUGUGCUUGUAAAGAGGGCUUCACGCUGAACAGCGAUGCGAAGACCUGCAGCGCUUGCAGUGGUGGAUCCGGAUCUGCGCUGGAUCUUGUUUUCCUGAUCGAUGGCUCCAAGAGUGUGCGGCCUGAGAACUUUGAGCUGGUGAAGAAAUUCAUCAACCAAAUUGUGGACUCACUGGACGUGUCAGACAAACAGGCCCAAGUUGGCCUGGUUCAGUACUCUAGUUCUGUCAGACAGGAGUUUCCACUGGGGCAGUUCAAGAACAAGAAGGACAUCAAAGCAGCAGUGAAGAAAAUGGCCUACAUGGAGAAAGGAACGAUGACAGGCCAGGCUCUGAAGUACCUCAUUGACAGUUCCUUUUCCAUCAUCAAUGGAGCUAGGCCUGGGGUCCCCAAGGUGGGCAUAGUCUUCACUGAUGGACGAUCACAAGAUUACAUCACUGAUGCUGCUAAGAAAGCCAAAGACUUAGGCUUUAGGAUGUUUGCUGUGGGAGUUGGCAACGCGGUUGAGGAUGAGCUGAGGGAAAUUGCUUCAGAACCAGUAGCCGAGCACUACUUCUACACAGCUGACUUCAGAACCAUCAGCAAGAUCGGGAAAAAGCUGCAAAUGAAAAUCUGCGUUGAGGAAGAUCCAUGUGAAUGUAAAUCUAUUGUGAAGUUCCAGACCAAAGUAGAAGGCCUCAUAAACUCAUUGCAGCAGAAAUUGGAAGCUCUGGCAAAAAGGAUCGAAGCCCUGGAGAACAAGAUCAUCUAA